UGUAUGUGGGAUUGUUAUUGGUUGAUGUUUGUUCUUUACUAACAUAGAGACUCAAAUGCCGUAGUUAUAUACUUCUCUAUUUCUUUCCUGUCAUUACUAAUUCCUUGUGUUUAAGUGAAACAUCUUGCUCUAGUUCCGAGCUUCUUGCUCUCCGUUUUCUCAUCCAUUGAGCAAGACCCAAAAAGAAAUCAAACCCACGUUUCAUAAAGUGGAUUACAUAAGAUAAACUCUCUCAAAAUCACAGUCUAAUCUCUACACUCACAGAGGAAGCCCGUGUUCCCGAGCUCUAUUCCAUGUCAAGAAAAGUGAUUUCUCUUUCAAAAUUAGACACCGUCUUCAGUACUUUUCUUCUUUUUGAUGAAGUAGUAUACUCUCCAAGGUUUGAAAAAAAGUAAGUUUCAUUCUGUUUGCAAACUGAAACCUUUUCCUUUCGCUCUUUCUCACUAGCUGCAUAUGGCAUACAUGAAAGAAGUUGAAGGUAAACGAGUCCAUGAUCCUCUGCACGAGAAGAUGGCUAAAACAAGGUGUAAAUUGGUGCGAGGACCAGUCAUAGUUGGGGCUGGACCUUCGGGUUUAGCUGCAGCUGCUUGUCUUAAACAAAGAGAUGUUCCAAGCUUAAUCCUUGAACGAGCUGAUUGCAUAGCUUCCACAUGGCAACACAGGGCCUAUGAUCGUCUUCGUCUUCACCUUCCAAAGCAAUUCUGUGAGCUCCCACUCAUGAAAUUCCCUAAGAAUUUCCCCACUUAUCCAACAAAAGAAGAUUUUGUUUCCUAUUUACAAGACUACGCCGACCAUUUUGACAUACAACCCGUGUUUAACAAAACUGUGGUGAGCGCAGAGUUUGAUCAAAUAUGUGGGUUUUGGAGGGUUACGACCACUGGCUCGGAAAAGGAAGUGACAGAAUACGUGUGUCAAUGGCUAAUAGUUGCAACAGGAGAGAAUGCUGAGGAGGUUGUGCCACAAUUUGAAGGAAUGAAUCAAUUCGAUGGGACUAUUGCACACACCAGCGUGUAUAAGAGCGGUGAAAAGUAUAGUGGAAAGAGUGUUUUGGUGGUCGGAUGUGGGAAUUCAGGCAUGGAGGUCUGCUUGGAUCUCUGCGGCAAUAAUGCUCGCCCGUCCCUCGUAGUCAGAGAUUCGGUGCAUGUGUUGCCCCAACAGAUGCUAGGAACAUCAACUUUUGGAUUGUCCAUGUGGUUGCUCAACUGGCUUCCCACGCGUCUUGUGGAUCAUUUCUUACUCCUAAUGUCACGUUUGAUGCUUGGUGACACUUCUCGAUUUGGACUAAAUCGCCCUGAGAUUGGUCCUCUUGAGCUCAAGAGCAAGUCUGGCAAGACACCCGUAUUGGAUGUUGGAACCCUCGAUAAGAUCAGAACUGGGAAUAUCAAGGUAUGCAAGGCAGUAAAGCGACUAACACGCCAUGCUGUGGAGUUUGUGGAUGGCAAAGUGGAAAAUUUCGAUGCCAUCAUUUUAGCUACGGGUUACAAAAGUAACGUACCUUCUUGGUUAAAGGAGAGUGAUAUGUUUUCCAACAAAGAUGGGUUGCCUCGAAAACCAUUUCCCAAUGGAUGGAAGGGCGAAGGUGGGCUGUACUCCGUGGGCUUUACUAAACGUGGCCUGCUGGGCACGUCUCUUGAUGCAAGGAAAAUUGCAGAAGAUAUAGAGCCUCUUUGGAAGAGAAGUCUUAUAAACUCAAAAAAAUAUAGCAUUCGUUAGUGUGACAGAUAAGUGGUAAGGAAAAAAGUGAUGUCAGUAGUGAAUCCAAAUGAAAACCAGUGAAAACUUGCCUACUCAAUUGGUGUGAAAACUCUUUUGAAAUUAUUUGUGUAUGUAACAUAUUCUCUCUCUCUCUGGAAAGUUGAGACCACCUAGCUUAUGGCAUUCACCCGUGCAUGACUGCCACAAUUAUGAACUGAAAAGGAGACAUACUAACAAGGUUACACUUAUGGACUUCCAUGGAGCGCUCAACACAAUGUUUGUGCUAAGAAAGUUCCCCCAUUUGUUUAAAGGAAUUAUCAAGGAAGGGGAAAAAUUUUAGUAGGAUAUACGUGAAUUCUAACUUUCCAAUUACGAUACACCUUGGAAAGUUGGGACAAGAAGGGGUGGGGAAAAAUUCAUGGUUUCAAUGGGUAUAUAUGUACAUUAUCAUUUUUCUCUACUUAGGUAAAUUUUUGAGAGAUGUAGUGGGGUGUUUUACAAUUUCAGUAAACUUUUAGUGUUGCGGGCUAUAAACUAUAUUAUUUCAAUUGGAUUU